AGGACUUGGAAAGACUCGAAAAGUGUGUGGUGGAGGAGAUGAAACGGAAUUUUAAAGUCAGCGAUCAUUGUACCACAGUCUUGGUGAAUGAUGGAGAUGCUUCUGCCUUGUAUGGUGCAAGUGGAAUGCCAGCCGGGAAAGCAGGGCUUUUCCUGUCCUGCGGUACUGGACUUGCUGGAGGUGUGGUGUGGAAAGGCCAAUCUUGCGAUGGGAUCCUGGAACUUGGCAAGUUGGUCAUGGGCCUGCGACAAUCUGCAGAUGGCGUGGUGCCUCUUCACGAUGGCCUAAACCUGGAAGCAGCAGCACAAGGAAUGGCUGGAACCCAGCGUGCGUUCUUCAAUCUCCUGGCUGCGCGUGGUGGCGACGUUAUCACAGGCAAAGCAGAGCAACGAGCUGCGCUGGUCGCGAUGCAGAAAGGCAGUAUUGAUGAGAAAUGUCGAGGCCUGUUCGAGUCCUUGGGCCAGUGGCUCGCUCGUUUUGUUCACGAGCUGAACGAAUAUCUUCCUGUCAAAGUGGAAUACGUUGAGGCUGGUGGCAAAGUGACAGAUGGCCCAACUGGCGAGAUCAUGAUGGAGGCUUGCCGAAACGCUCUGCCUGGGAUCGAGGUGCGAAAAGCUCUUGAUAGCGAAUUUGGACAGGCUGUAGCCGUUGCCAAUUUGGUGAGGCCCCAGUGAUUCUCAAGUCUUCAAAGCUGGCAAGCAGUG